AUGGAAAAAAUUAGUGUAUGUUUAAGAAUAAGGCCAUUAAACCAAAAAGAAAUUAAUGACAAUGAAAUAAUAGCUUGGGAUGCCAGUGACUCCAAAAUUUAACUCAAUAAAAUUCGUUUAAAGUAAUUGUUUGCCCAAAAAAAAGUAAUCAAUAGUUUGAUUUAUGAAUUCAAUCAUUGUUACGGGCAACAAGCUGAUAAUUAUUACUUGCUUUCAACCUCUGAAUAAGUAUAUAUCUUUCAAAAAAAUGAUUUAAUUAUAUUUUAUAUUUAUAUAUUAUAUAAUAUUAAUAAAUAUAUCUUAAAUAUUCUAUGCAAAUACUAUAAUAAUGCAAUCUUUAGUUGGUAUCAAUUAUGUAUGGAUAAACAGGAUCAGGCAAAACUUUUACUAUGUUAGGCAGAAGAAAUUAGGAGAUGCUUCAGAACUAUAAUAGCAAUAUUUAGUAGUUAAUCAAAGAUAGUUUUGCUAUUAAUCAAUACAAUGAUGUUGGCAUUUUAAUCUACUCUAUGA